ACCCUGCCGCGACUGCCUCCCUCGGACAGGACGUACUACAAUCACUUGACCCUCCCCGGGACCCAUAGAGACGGAAGCAGGUUCGAGUACCUACCAAACACGCCCAGAGACCUGGAGCACAGAGGACGACGGGCCUACAAUGACCAUGAGUUCUCCAGCGGCGUGUCUCCGGCACAGAACUGUCUGAUCGGAUGCUGCAACACCAAUCUGGAGGAACCCAGAAGUUUCCAGAGUCAGACUGAUGACGAUAACUACAUGAUGGAGAAACCCCUGGGUUACCUGCCUCUUCAUCACGAGCUGGACAGCGGGCUCGGCUGGACGGACGGUAGCUUCCACCAGGGGGAGCUGUCGGGGGUGGAGACGGAGGAGGGGCUUGAGGAGCGCCACGGCGGGUCGCCGUCGUCUGAGUCAUUCAUCUCGUCUGAACUGAGCGACUCGGGUUUUUACAGCGUCAGCACCGGCGAGUUCCUGCGCUUCCAGCGUCUGCUGGAGAAACGCAUGCGCCAUUACAACGCCCGCAUGCACCACCAGGGGGAGCCGUGCUCGCGCGAGCGGCACGACAGCCAGAUAAAACACCCCCUAGAGGCCAUCCCAGAAACGCUGACGGUGCAGCCUCAAAACGUCUGCACGCCCAUCCAGGGAUCACGCGGUUUGUCGCGCGUUUCGUCCGUGCAGUACCGCAAGGCGGAGCGUCCAUGUUUGAACAGGCACAGCUCCAGCAGCGGCUCGCUGUUCAAUCCCGCGCCUCAUCCGAGUUCUGCGGGAAUGCUGAGAAGAAGCAGGACGCUGCAUCACCGCCCCGCGCCAAUGGAGUACCGCAGACGGGCGAGUCACCCGGCCUCACCCAACUAUUGCAGGGCCACGCUGCAUCCCUGCGUCCACAGAGUUGACCUGCCCAUGAAUCUCCCUGAGGAGCCGGACUUGGCACUUAUGCACGCCAUUGCACACCCUGUUGUACACCCCACUGCACUCCCUACACAGACUCUACACGCAAUGAGUCAACCGUCCCUGAUCUCUCCAGUUGACGAACACUGCUGCACGCCUCUGGAUCUUCACGCCAACGGCAGGAUCCGAGCAUCCACCGAACCGCAGCUCCAGAGGAGCUUUGUGACCCAACAGACGCCCAACAACAGGUUCCACACUCUAAGUCACACUCCCAGUCAGGACAACGAAACUUGGCCGAAACCCGCCAACCGCGCGGGAUCCGUUGGUGGACUCUACAGCACCUUGGAGGGCCACACGCCCACUAGGAAACCACCCGGCGGGAAUUUGCGCGCUUUGCGAAACCAGAUGCUGCGGGAUCGAGCGUCAAGGUUGGCGGACGAACGUAGCGGCAUGAGCACGGACGAAGAGAGUCACAGCGAGGUUCGCAUGGGUCGCUACUGGAGCCGCACCGAGCGCCGCGAACACAUGCUGCAGAAACAGCGACAGGCCAGAAACAAUGGCGGCUGCGGCAUAGCUGCGUCAGGAUUGGUGCAUAGCGGCGGAGUCGUGGGAGGAGCUAACAGAGAGAGUUGUAGUACCGUUCUGGAGCUGAGCCAGAGGAAACUAAGUCACCUGAGGAACCGGAAGCUGCUGGACGAUUGGACCACCGUAGACGAACUCCUGACGCACGGAACGCGCCUGGGCCCCAGUGGAGACACCCGGCAGCUGCCUACGUCAUUGCUCACCGUCACAACUGUAUAGCGACACCCACCGAGCGAGUGUUCAGAUUGACUUGUGUGUGUGUGUGUGUGUGUGUUGGACCAGCCGCACUACACAAAGCUACCUCCUGACAUUGAGGUUUACUGUAGAUACAGACGUUUCCGAACACCGUAGUACAUUGAUUUUUAAAUGUUAUAUUUGCAGUAUCUUGUUUUGCAUUGUGUUGUGAAGAGAUGUUUUAUUAGGGAGCGAAUUCACUGCAGUUUGAUUCAACCGCAUGAAGCAAUAC